AUGUAUACUACAUCUAACUUGUUGAUCUUGUUUUCUUGUCUGUCAUUGGCCAUUGUGUCCUCAGCCUACCAAACAGCACCAGCCAGCUUCAAUGUGCUCUUCACAACUACCAAAGGAUCAUUCAACCUCUAUGUGAAUAGAUCAUGGGCACCUAAUGGAGCUGAUCACUUUUAUCAGUUGGUUCAAUCAGAGUACUACAAUGAGAACGCAUUCUUUAGAGUGAUUCAGUCACCUACACCAUUCGUUGCGCAAUGGGGCAUCAGCGGAUCACCAGAGAUUAGUGAGAAGUGGAACAUCACCAUACCCGACGACCCCAUCUUCCAAUCGAACUUGCCCGGCACCGUCACAUACGCCGCCGAGAUGAAUGGCACCAUGGCCUGUUGCCGCACCACUCAACUCUUUAUCAACUAUGUCAACAACUCGCGACUCGAUGCCAUGGGCUUCGUGCCAUUCGGCAUCAUCACCAAGGGAUUCAACGUCACAAUGGACUUCUACUCUGGCUAUGGUGAGGAACCUGAUCAAACAGAGAUCUACAGCGAGGGCAACCCAUACUUAGAGAAGAACUUCCCACUCUUGGACUACAUCGUCACUGCCAAUGUUGUUUAA